AUUGUCCCUACACCCAUUCCGUAGUUUUUCCAAACUUGGAUCAUCUUGGUGCCGAACUGAAACGAAUAAACGAAUAAAAACGGAUGUCAGAAUGGAUUCUCCUCAGCUAAUUGGUGACUGCCUCAUUCAAGUUUUCACAUAUCUGUCUGAUGCAGAUUUAAUCAGCGCUUCCGGGGUGUGUAAGUACUGGCAUGAAGUUGCAGAAACGCCCUGGUUGUGGUGGAGGAUGUGCCUGCACCGCUGGAAUUUCUGUAACCUCUCUGCCUUGGGAAGUGAGCAGUCAUGGAAGAGAUACUUCCUGCAACGUUCCCACCUGGAAAUAAAAAUGACAAAAGGGCAGUCAGGAGGUUACACCUGUAAAAGCCUCAGGGGGCACACAGGCCGGGUGGUGGGUCUGGUGUACCUGCAGGGCAAUUCCAGCCAACUUCCAAACCUCCAGAGCAGCAACGCCAUCGUCUGCAGCGCCUCUUCUGAUGGGACAGUCCGAGCAUGGAACGUCCAAAAUGGUGGACUCCUGUGGUGCAGUCCUGUGCAGAGUCCUUUAACAGGAAUUCUCACUGACGAGGAAUGCAAAAUUGUGAUUACAUCAGACUCUACGGGACUCGUGAAGACCUGGCAGGGCCAGACUGGCCAGGAGGUGGCCUCCUAUUCUACUGCAUCUCCACACUGUACAUUACUGCAGUACAACAUGAACAACGGCUGGUUCCUGACUAUUGGAACUAGUCAGGGAUCCGUGUGUACACUGGCUGGUUGUAGUUUGAGUAAAAAGUCUAACGUGGUGGUGUGUGACAGCUUUACAGUUAACUUACUCCUAGUUUCACCAGACAAGAAAUGGAUCAUGGCCGGAACCACGCUGGGUGCUGAUUCAAGCCCAAAGGUGAUCUUCUCUGAGAGUUUGACCUCUUCAUCUGGAGACGAAGGUCCUCUGAGCCAGCUCGUGCCCGUCUCUGGAUGCCAGGCUGCUGUCUUCAUACCCACCCAGCCUGCCAGACUGGCCGUCAUCCACCACUCUGGGAACAGAAGAGACAAUGCCCUCACUGUCUUCGAUGUCAGCAUCAAGAAGAUGAAGUACAAGACCGAGAUCCAGGUCCAGCAGGUGGAGUCGUUCCCCUUGAUGCUGAGCGCCUGGUCCUCAGGACUCCACCUAGCAGCUAAGAGCAGUAACUGCAUGGUGCUGGCAGCAGGGGAACAGCUGUGGCUGUACUCGCUGAAAGGAGUCCUGCUUUCCAGUUUUAAGGAUCAUACUGGGCCCAUCACAUCAAUAUCUGUGGAUAGUUUUCGUGUGGUGACGGCAUCUCAGGACCUGUCCUUACGCGUGUUGACAUGGAGGAACCACAGAGAUGGCGGGCUGACCCUGGAGAGCCGGUAUCACUUACUGGGAGGCUCUCACACUAUGGCCAGAGGGUUCACUCACGUCGCCUGUGACUACUCGAGCAUCGUGGCCUCGGUGGAGGGAAACGAUGGAAAAGACGUCCUUAAAGCUUAUUCUUUCACAUCCUGAGCAUCACAGCCCUUCAACAGUUUACACAGUCCUCUGGCUGGAGGAUCUAAUAUGUAGAUUUUAAGUUUGUAAGCUGUAAUACAGAUGAGAAGGACCGCAGAGUUGGAAAGGUGUGUUUACUUCCUUGUAAUGCGAUGAAUAAAACCUGUACAAUCA